CUCUCUCUCUCUCUCUCUCUCUCUCUCUCUCCAUAUAAGACAUUCAUAAAAGCACAAUAAAAACAAUAAAACAAAAAAGGUACAAUGAGCAUUCAAAUUAAUAUGACUAAUGCUCAAGAGGGAUUUGUGUGGGGGAUAUCCAAUUCUGAUGAUUCAAAAGGCGGUUGUAGAAAAAUUGAGAAAUCACCUCCGUCGCAACCUUCUCAUCCGUCAUCAGAAAUCCAGACUGAUGCGGUUAGAAAGGUCGCAAAAGGAAAGAAAAGGACGAAAAGAAGUGAUGAAAAUGAUGUAGAAGAAUCACAUGAUCAUGAAACACAUAUAUGGACUGAGAGAGAAAGGAGGAAAAAGAUGAGGGACAUGUUUGCUAAACUACAUGCUUUGCUUCCCCAACUUCCUCCUAAGACAGACAAAUCAACAAUUGUGGAUGAAGCGGUGAGUUCCAUUAAAUCCCUUGAACAAACUCUACAAAAGCUCCAAUUGCAAAAGCUCGAGAAACUUCACUACUCUUCUGCCUCAACAAGCACAACUCCUGCUACAACUUUUGCAUAUGGUCCAUCUUCAUCCUCUUCUCCUGCAACAACUCUCCCCACCCCAAUAUCAAACCAUCCCCAAAUCCUUACUAUAGGUGCCGCUGUAGAAGAUUCUUACUGUCCUGCAGCUUUCUUGGCCGAUCAGAUACCUUCUUCCAGCGCUGUUGCUGUUAACAUGCCUUACCCUUGUAAUGAUCCGAUCGUGGCUUUCGAUACUUGGUCUUCACGCAACGUUGUGCUGAAUAUUUGUGGAAAUGAAGCUUUCUUCAAUUUGUGUGUCCCUAAGGGCAAAUUAGGGGUUUUCACUUCGGUUUGUUACUUGUUUGAGAAGUUUAACUUGGAGGUUUUGUUUGCUAAUGUCUCUUCUAACGUUUUUGGGAGCACCUACAUGAUCCAAGCACAGGUAAAUCCGAGUUAUGCAAAUCAGCUAUUGGGAAAUGGGGUUGGAGUAGGGGAGAUUUUCAAGCAAGUUGCUCAAGAACUGGUGUUGUAUUUUUCAUCUCCAUAAAUCAUAAGUGGCUGCAUCUGUUUAAAUUUAAUGCAUUUUCAGGGUUUGUUUUUUGUGCAAAGUCCCAUCUCUUUUGCUUAUGCAGAGAGAUUCGCUUGGAUUUUUCACUUCAAACCCCAUUUAAAAAAAAAACAAAGAGAAGAGAUAACUAGCUUCUUUAAACAUUGUUGUCUAGUGACUUUUUCGUAAUUUUAUUUUUAUAUCCUUAUGAAUCAAUGUAUUGGCAAAUGUUUUCCAA